AUGCAGGCACCUCGGGUCCUGCGGCCCACAAAAGGCCUCUGUGCCGAUAAGCCAGUACUCAAGAGAGGGAACCACUUUGGAGCUAGGAGGGGCAGGAGAAAACAAGAUGACUCUGCAACUGUAACCCCUGGCUCCUGUGGGGUAAAGGGCAAGUCCCCUCCUUACCCGCAUGAGGUUGGGGAGGUCUCCGAGCCCCUGAUCCUUACUUCCAUCAUCCUGGAGUGGGUGAGGGAAUAUAAGGCCAACAGCCUGCUUUUUGGUGCUGAAUUACCAGAAAAAGACAACCUGAGCAUUGGGACCAUCAGGCAUUACAUCCUGGAGGUUGGGGACUCCGUGCUGUACAGCACAGGGCCCCCCGAAAGGCCAGGCGUCUCUGAGGCGGGCGAAGAUAGACGAGGGUGGAGUUCGCUGGGGUGGGCGCUGCUGCGCUGCUCAGGGCUCAGAGGGCGACUGUUCCCAGCGUUGCUGCCCGCGUGCUGCGGCCAUCUUGAAUUGAGGCUCUGUGCCUGGCGCUUCCGCAGAGAGCUGGGGAGCUGGGGUGUCUGCUGGGCCGCUUCCUGGAAGGAUCUCUGGUCUGAAGGGCCAGGUGCGCGGCUUCUGCAUGAGCAAGCGAAACCAGACUAA